ACAAAAUGACAAGAGUAGCUCAUUGUCAAAGUGUCUUCAAACUACAAACUACGAGUAUACUGUCUAACAUGGCUUUUAAACCCAACGCAUCCGCAAAGAUGUCCUUUAACAUUGCAGAAUUGUCAAAGAGCAGCAGAGUUUCAGAUACCGUCUGUACUGACGCUGUUGUCAACAAUAUCCACGACCUAUAUCUACCAAGCAGUAGCCAAUCAUGUACAGCAGAGAUAAACCUUCAACUGAGCUACCCGACUCAAUACCAGAGGAAUCGAUUGGACGACUUAUCACAUUCUAGUGAUACCAGUUUUCACUAUACAGACUCUACAUCAAGAGAUUGUACUUCACCUGGUUCCUGCUCAGACGACUCAGUCAAGUCCGACCAACAACCAAAGAGAGCCAGAACUAUCUUUACAAACUCACAACUGAUGGAAUUAGAACGAUACUACAGCAAUAGUAAAUACCUGCAAAUUGAAGACCGCCCAAAGCUCGCAAAGAAACUCAAACUCAGCCAACAUAAGAUUAAAUGGUGGUUCCAGAAUCGGAGAAUGAAAGAAAAGCGUCACAUCAAAAGUACAAGCCUCAACAGUCCACGAGAGUUGUCACAGUUCGUUGGUGUAGGUAAACCUGUUCCCCGAAUGCUAACAUUGGGGUCCAAUGAGAACAUUAGUCUGCAGUCAUACUCAACAUUCCCUAUGUUAUCGCCGUAUAUGACUGGACUGUCAUCUUUCGCUUAUCCUGGUUAUGUUCAGCAGUUCUACAGAAGUUAA